AUGAAAGUAACAGAUGCAGAAUCAGCAACAAAUAAUGAUUCAAACACUAUAUCCAUUGUCCCAAUAGGAGUAACGGAUGCAGAAUCAACAACAGGUAGUAAUUCAAACACUACUUCCACUGCCUCAACAGAAGUAGCAGAUGCAGAAUCAACAACAGGUAGUGAUUCAAAUACUACAACCACUGCCUCCAUAGAAGUAACAGAUGCAGAAUCAACAACAGGUAGUGAUUCAAACACUACUCUCACUGCCUCAACAGAAGUAGCAGAUGCAGAAUCAACAAUAGUUAGUGAUUCAAAUACUAUAACCACUGCCUCCAUAGAAGUAACAGAUGCAGAAUCAACAACAGGUAAUAAUUCAAACACUACAACCACUGCUUCAAUAGGAGUUACAGAGGUAGAACCAACAACAGGUACUGAUCAAAACGCUACAUCCUUUGCCUCAACAGAAGUAACACAUACAGAAUCAACAGCAGGUAGUGAUUCAACCACUGAAGUCAUUUCCACAACAAAAGUAGCAGGUGCAGAAUCAACAACCGAUAGUGAUUCAAAUACUACAACCAUUGCUUUAACAGGAGUUACAGAUGUAGAAUCAACAACAGGUACUGAUCAAAAUGCUACAUCCUUUGCCUCAACAGAAGUAACACAUACAGAACCAACAGCAGGUAGUGAUUCAACCACUGAAGUCAUUUCCACAACAAAAGUAGCAGGUACAGAAUUAACAACCGAUAGUGAUUCAAACACUACAACCACUGCUUCAACAGGAGUUACAGAUGUAGAACCAACAACAGGUACUGAUCAAAACGCUACAUCCUUUGCCUCAACAGAAGUAACACAUACAGAAUCAACAGCAGGUAGUGAUUCAACCACUGAAGUCAUUUCCACAACAAAAGUAGCAGGUGCAGAAUCAACAACCGAUAGUGAUUCAAAUACUACAACCAUUGCUUUAACAGGAGUUACAGAUGUAGAAUCAACAACAGGUACUGAUCAAAAUGCUACAUCCUUUGCCUCAACAGAAGUAACACAUACAGAAUCAACAGCAGGUAGUGAUUCAACCACUGCAGUCAUUUCCACAACAAAAGUGACAAAUGUAGAAUCAACAACAGGUAGUAAUCUAACCACUACAACCACUGCCUCAACAGAAGUAACAGGUGUAGAAUCAACAACAGGUAAUGAUCAAAAUGCCACAUCCACUGCCUCAACAGAAGUAGUAGGUACAGAAUCAACGACAGGAAAUAAUUCAAACUCUACAUCCACUGCCUCAGCAAAAGUGACAGGAGCAGACUCAACAACAGGCAGAGUCUUAAAUGAAACUACCCCAAAUCCGGAGGUAAUUCCUACUCCUGCAAAUUCAAACAAUGAUAAUGAAAGAAAUAACAUCUGUACUGUAAUUGUGUGGAUUGUUGCUUCUAUAGCCCUAAUGAUUGUAAUAAUUGCUGUAUUGUUUGUAUAUCGUAAAUCAAUUUUUCAUAAAUCGAGCCUGAGCCUUAAUGAAGAGCAUUGUACCACUGAUGGUGCGUUUCAACCAAGAUGCUCACAGGGGCUAACAGCAGACACAAACUAG